AAUUAAGAAUCGUACAUAAAUGUUUACUUACAGCAUUUACGGAAGAUUCCGUGAACGUUUUACCCAUUGUACUUGGAGUUAUAUUUGGAUUGCUAUUUCUUCUUCUUCUGGCGCUUCUAAUUUAUUGUUGCUGUAAAAAGAAGAAGAAACGAGACAAAAUCAAAGCUCUAGAGCAAAGAAAUCUUAAAGUUUUUGAAAAGAAAAUGGCAAUGGAUGAAUUUGAUGAUGAACACCCGUUGAAUGAAGCCUCGCUUGUACCAGAUUUCCCACAGAAUGGAUAUCCAAUGCCAUUACAGUUGAAACUUACCCCAAAAUCAAAACGAUAUAGUAUGCCCACAGUUGCAAACGUUGAAAUCCAAACAGAGCGUUCUUACACAUCCCACGAACAAAUGUCAGAUAGAAAUCCUGGAAGCUUUGGUGGACCAACAAAACAAUUCCAUGGUUCCAACAGAAGUUUAGCAACACAAAAAGACUUUGAGAGUCCCGAAUAUAGUAGUGCAGACCACAUAUCAUCAGUAGCUACGAAUAACAAGACGUUACAACAAAGGUUGUUAAAUAACGUGAAUAACACUCCAACAAAGGAGUUUCCUACAGAGCCUCAGUAUCUGCCGUGGCCAUGGAGAACUGCCAACCGUGCAAUGAGAAGUAAACCGGCUUCUAUGAAAUCGGGGAGUACCAGUUUUAAAUCUCGCAUUGCAGAGUUACCAGACUUAGGAGAGUUCACUAUACACAAUUACGGAAUCAAGUAUGAUGAUACCAUGUCUAGUGUGAAUAUGCAUCCGCCACCUCGGCGACCAUUGUCCAGAGCAAGUUCUGUAUACAAUCUGUCUAGACCACCUACCAGAAUGCUUGAAAUGAAGAAAAGUUUCUCACAGGAAAAUCUGAAUAGAUCUAAAACUUCAAUGGGACAAUUUCCUAAACAUCCAAGUAGUAAGUCGCUAUUUGAUAGAUCUGUGUCGCAUAACGAUGUCAGUAGAUCAAAGCCUAUCAGGAAACCAUUCCAAAAGAGCAAGUUUUUUGAAAAACCUCCUUCAAAGCCUAAUAAUCCGUCACGUCGGGCAUCUGUUGCUACGAUCAAAUUAAUGAUGCAACGUAGCAAUACACGAAUGUUGAACACUAUCAGCGAAUCAAAGGAACGAAUUCCAUCGCCACUCAGAUAUAAACGAAAACCGCCAUUGCCACCAUAUAUGAGACCACUGACAAGAUCUAAAACUUUACCUACUCCGAGUGCACUAAAAAAUGCAGCAAAUGUAUAUGGCACACGUCCUUCAACGGAGAAAUUAAAAGAAAAUGCAAGAUCAAUGCUACAGACAAAAUUAAGACAUAAAAACAUGGAACAACCUGUCAGGAGGAAAAAGAAAUACAGUAAGAAGAAAUCAUCGUGGAAAUCUCCCUUUUCACUUCCGUCAUCUCUACAAACACGCACACUUUCUUUGAAAUCAUUAAGUAAGAUGAAGCAUGCGAAGGUAGAACCUGCAAAGUCAUCAACCACAAUUGCAAGAUUUAAUGAUAGCUUUACUUCAAGAGAUUUCGCCACUACAGACCAUGACGUUACCUCAGAUUCAAAUGGUGAGAAUUUUAUGGAUGCUGAAAUAUCACAUUUACCAGCUAUUGACCAUAAGCCAAGAUUAGUUUCAGCUGCACCAAAGCGUGAAAAUACAUAUAGAAUGGAUAAAAAGGUGUAUGAAGAUUCCGGAAUAUCUACUGACGAAUCUCCCACGGGAAAAGUAGCGGAAAACGAUGACGCUAUGAUGUUUCGUGUACAGAAAGUCAUAGACAAAGGCAAAUUUAAAGUUGUCACGCCUAGAAGUUUUCCUGGUCCUAAGAAAAAAAUUAUUCCAUUUCACUUACCCGAUUAUUUGAAAUGAUUAUCGUGAAUUUAUGUGUAAACGAGGAUUUUCAUGAUAUUUCAGAUUCUGGGAUAUCGGCUGACGAAUCAGCAUUGUCUAGUGAUGAUACGAGAUAUCCACUUCCGGAUAUAGUAGAAAACUCAGAUCAGACUAAACCUGGACAGUUGAAGCCACCGCCUAGAAGAAAACAAUGGCACUAAAAACUAACAAAAUCAUUACUGAUGACAAAUAAUGAUUUUUUUUGUCGAACGUUGUGCAUUAUAAUGUGGUUUAUUUUCAAACGUUUGUCCUUGUUGAUUUGUACAAUGUUAUAAUGUGGAAAAGCCAUAUUUGGAAAUACUAAAUCAAAUUUGAUACUAGUAUAGUAAUAAUUAUCCCUCUUGUUUUAUACAUGUGUAUUGUAAAAAUCGAAAAAAGUUAAUUUUGUAAAGUUGUUAUUUUCCACUGUACAAUGUCUGCUGGCUAUGUUUUCGGGAACAUUUUGAUUGUUGGGAAUAUUAUUUCUAUAUAGUAUUUAUGAAAAAAGUUAAUUGCUUUUUUGUGAAAUUAGCAACUGACAAAUUUAAUGUUGACCAUAAAUGUUCCUCAAAGAAGUAUUUCGAAGAAUUUAAAUCUAAAUAGUAAAAAAAGAAAGAAUUGAAAUUUUAACACGAUUUGUAUUUUACGAUGCACCUGUUAAUAUAUUAAAUAACACUAAAUGGCUUUUUGAAACAACAGCAAAAUGUAAUUCUUAGAAAAUACAGGUGGCAAUAAUGUAAUUAACGCCCUUUUUAGCUCUAUGGUGCAACAAGUUCCCCUGCAUGAACCCAAUUUACAAAUAUUUUGAAGGAUGUAUACUUACACACAAACAUUUGGGGUUAUUUCAAUAUUUAGGAAGAUUGUAUUUCUCUCGAAAGCUUGGAUGGUAAAAUUGAAAAAAACAAAGGGUAUGUCUUUCAUGAAAUACGCAAAUUUUGAGACAAGAAUGCAAUUCAUUUGAAUGAAGAAAAAUUAUGUUAUUUAUUUUAUUAUUACGACUGUUUUUACAAAUUCAGAAAAUUUUUGAGAUGAUUAAUUUCAUAAAGGAAUGUUAAGGAAUUUUCUUUAAAAUAUUUUGUUUUGUAGCAAGUAAACGAGUACGUUAGCACCGAUUUUAUCAUGAAAGCACAUUUUAAGUGCUAUCUAGAAUGUCAUUUUUUUUUUAUUUAAAAAUUUACGUUCAGUUAUUUUUUCUAAUCUAACAAUAAUGUUUUUUUCGUGUACAAUUAAAGAACAGACAAUAAUGGGCGAGAAAUAAAGAAUAGACAGAAAUAUGGUCUAAAAAUUAAAGUAACAAAAGUAUAACAAAAACACCGAACUCCAAGGUAAAUUCAAAAAGGGGUAGUUCAUAAAAACUUCACAAAAUCAAAUGCUAUUAAUCAACGGAUCAAAUGAAAAACAACUGGCAUAUUCCUGACUCAAGUAGUAUUUCAUUUUCUUGGCAUUAGGUUAACAUUUUGUUUACCAAACUCGGGUGAAAGAAGUCAACUCUGGAGCGGCUGUGAUUGGAUGUAAAUUAUGAAACACAUUUUCUUUAGAACUAUUUUCAUAAAUCUGAAGUAAAAUGACAGUUGCCAUGGAUACUAUAAACAAGCUUCCUUGGAAGAUUGUCAUACCACCAUUUGACUUCAAUUUCUAAAACAGAAUAAUAAAGUACUAAUAUCACGCACAACUGUUUUGUCCGGUUUUAUUAUAGAAAUUAGAAAAUUUAGAAAAUAUGUGUACUGUCGCCUAUUGAGAAUAGAAUACCACCGUUCACCCUGAAAGUUAUUUUUGUCUUUAUUUUUAUUUGAAAUAGAUGGUUUCUUUUAUGUUUGUACAA